AUGAGCACUGGUCAGCCCAGCCUGCCCCCAGCCCCAGCCCCAAAUCAGGGCUUCCAGCAGCACAAGCUGCAGGUGCUCCUGGUGGCUCUCUCUGUUUCCGUCUUGCUGGCCCGGGUCAGUGGAGUGCCGCAGAGGGACAGGCUGGCUGACCUGCUCCGAGCAGAGGUUCCUGAAGGAAAGGAGGACCUCUCCCGGAUGCUGCUCCUGAAGAUCUUCUCAGACCUCCUCAGAGCCGAGAACGAAAUCCCGCCCGGCUCGGCCGAAGACGCCGGGAUCCGGAGCGAUGUGCCCCGGCAGCUGCCCCUGGCGCAGCGCGAGCGGAAAGCCGGCUGCCGAAAUUUCUUCUGGAAGACCUUCACCUCGUGUUGACCCCUCUGUGUGCACACCCCCCACCCAUCUCUGCAGGACCGCUCCUUCCCACCUCGCCCCUCGGCUUAGGCGGCCAGUAAAUUGUACCUGUAGAUGUAGACGUGUGUUAUACCUCUUACACAUGCACAAACGGGAAUGGAUCCCGACACCACGUGCAGAGGACAGCCUCCUGCACCUGUUGGACCCCAUCUUUCGAUUAAAACCCGGCUGUGGCUCUGCUGUUCCGUGCCAGUGCGUCUCUUUUCAUUGCAAACUCUUCCCUGUUGCGUCUCACCCCCCACCCCUGCAAUGGAGUCGCUCCGCCGGCCAUUCCACGGAUUUGCCGCGGGGGAACUGGAACAUAAAGUAGAUCUUGGCAAAAUUAGGGAUAGUGGCUGCCUCCACAGGAUAGGGUGGAGAAGGACAGACAGGAUUGAACAAGGUGGGGUGGGAAAGUACAGGACAAUAUAGGGCAGAACAGAGGAGGCGAUGACAUUAUGGGAGGACAGGAUUGGGAAAGGAUGAUGGAGGACUAGAGGACUUCCAGAGGCAGGAGAACGUCUGCCUCAGUCUUCUUUAAGGGUAUCAAAUUGUUCAUCACUCAGUUUAAUUUCCUGUAUUCACACUGGGGGGUACGGAUUGCGGGGUGUAUUUUUCUACAGCAGUGGUUCCCAAUCCUGGUCCAGGUGACCCACACACCUGUUGGAUUUUGUUCUAGCCGUGCCCUCACUGAAAUCCCAUCAAAUCCUUCAUUGACCUAAUAAUCAUAAGAUUAAUGUGAACUUUUUGUUCCCAUGUCAGAGCUUUAACUGUUGUGUUUCGUAAGUGAAAUAAAAUCCCAAACUUGUGCCUAUAAACAAAACGCAAAUAUUCAUUUGAUGCAUCUUCUUCGAUCAAGUAAGGCUUCAGUUAUCUCAUGAAGGUGGGAGGGAAAGAAAA